AUGUGUCCGGAGGAGGACGGACGCUGCGGCGAUGGAGCCGGAGGGGUCUCGGCGGCGACGGCUAUUACUUCAGCCACGAGCGUCCUUAGCGAGCUCCGCUCCUGGUGGGAAGUGCCGGCCAUCGCUCACUUCUGCUCGCUCUUCAGGACCGCUUUCCGCCUGCCGGACUUCGAGAUUGAGGAACUUGAAGCAGCUCUUUACAAUGAUGAUGUGGAGUUCAUCAGUGACCUGAUUGCUGGUCUUCUUCAGGGCUGCUACCAGCGCAGUGAUAUUACAACCCAGACAUUUCAUGGGUAUCUUGAAGAUAUAAUCAAUUAUCGCUGGGAAUUGGAAGAAGGAAAACCCAACCCCUUGCGAGAAUGUACUUUUCAGGAACUUCCCUUACGUACCCGUGUGGAGAUACUACAUCGUCUUUGUGAUUACCGACUUGAUGCUGAUGAUGUUUUUGACCUGCUUAAGGGCUUGGAUGCAGACAGCCUCCGAGUGGAACCAUUGGGUGAGGAUAGUAAUGGUGCCCUCUACUGGUAUUUUUAUGGCACACGAAUGUACAAAGAGGAACCUGUGAAGCCAAACGGAGACCUAACUACUGACAGGGAAUGCGGGAUACACAAAAAUAUUCCAGACAUUCCUGGAAAGGUAGUAAAAAAACGGGGGCGACCACCAAAACGAAAAAAAAUGGUGAACAUCUUAAGAGAGAAAGAAGAAGCCAAUGCACUCGUUUAUGAAUCACAGUCCAGAAAUUUUUCUCAAGGAUUGGGCCAUGGAACAUGGCGGUUAAUAUGCCAGACAGAAGAGGAGUGGAGGCAGGUUACAGAAAGCUUCCGAGAGAGAACAUCUUUAAGAGAAAAGCAGCUUUAUAAACUCCUGAGUGAAGAUUUCCUACCAGAGAUUUGCAAUAUGAUUACACAAAAGGAGAAGCGUCUGCAACAGACAGAAUAUACUCCCAGGUGGACAAAUGAUAGUCAAAGCAUCAACCCAAUAUAUCCAGAGAUGUCUCCAAUCGUGUUUAGUAGAAUGGAGAAGCAGAGACGUCGAGAAGAAGAGGAAGAACGUCAGAUUCUUUUGGCUGUUCAGAAAAAGGAACAGGAACAAAUGCUGAAGGAGGAGAGGAAACGAGAAAUGGAGGAAAAAGUCAAGGCUGUUGAAGAACGAGCCAAGAGAAGGAAACUUCGAGAAGAGAGGGCAUGGCUGCUGGCCCAGGGAAAGGAGCUUCCCGUUGAGCUUUCCCAUUUAGAUCCCAGUUCACCAGCUAGGGAGGAGAAAACUAAGGACUUCUUUGAAUUGGAUGAUGAAUUCACUGCCAUGUACAAAGUGUUAGAUGUUGUAAAAGCUCACAAGGACUCCUGGCCAUUCCUAGAACCAGUUGAUGAAUCAUAUGCUCCAAAUUACUACCAGAUUAUUAAGGCUCCUAUGGAUAUUUCCAGUAUGGAGAAAAAGCUAAACGGAGGCCAAUACUACACCAAGGAGGAAUUUGUGGGCGAUAUGAAAACUAUGUUCAGGAACUGCCUUAAAUACAAUGGUGAAAAUAGUGAUUAUACUAAAAUGGCUUAUACUUUGGAGAGGUGCUUUCAUCGGGCAAUGAUGAAGCACUUUCCUGGAGAAGAUGGAGACACAGAUGACGAGUUUUGGAUCAGAGAGGAUGUGAAGCGUGAGAAAAGAUGCCGUCGGACCAUACGUUCCAGUACAGGAAAUGUUUGGACUCGAUCCAGAGAUUCUGAAGGAUCUGGCAGAAAACAACCACAUGUACAAAAUGGAGGAAAACUUCCCCCUCAUAAAGCAAAACAUCGUGUUCCCAUUUCUUCCUCAUUAUCCAUCUCUUCCUCAGCAGAAGAUUCAAGUAGCCAGCCAGUUCAAUUGUCUGGAAAGAUGGCAUCUUCUAAUGGCCGAGGCUUUCUGCAUUCACAUCACUAUGGUGGAAUGCCCAGUUGUGCAUCCCAUUCUGGGCACAUAAGACCACCUAUUCCAGGAACAUUUGAUUCUCUGCGUGGAUCUGAUCCAGCAAAACCAUAUGGAUCACCACGAGUACCAGAACCACAUCCUGGUGAGCCAGGUCAGCAGCACCAGCACUUUGCCAUGCAGCCUCCAGUUGGUCUGAAUGAUCAUAGAGGAUCUCGGCUUCCAGCUCCAGAGGAGCAAGGAUGUGCUGCAUCAAUGCAUGUUUCCACAGUCGGACUACAUUCUACAUCUUUGCAACUUGGUCGAAUGAGUGGCCCACCCUCAGAUGCCAAUAUGUAUUCUUCUGGGCAAUACCAGCCUGGAUUUAUUUCUUCAAGACACAAUGGACCUCCUAUGAGACAAGGAGAGACUUCAGAGCUUCCCCCUGGCCAUAUUUACAGAUCCUAUAAAUAUCCUGCUGUAUGGAAUGGAAACCAUGAUGCAGCAAACCAGCUAGCCCUGGGAAUGGACAAGAAAUCUCCUGUGGGCCCUUGCUCUCCUAUAUUGCCCCAUGCUUUGAGCCACAUAAUGGAUCCUCGGACUGUGAGACAACCUUUGCCCCCAAAUCAAUGGUCUGAGCAGUCUAAUUUCCUACCUCAUGGAGUUCCACCCUCAGGAUAUAUCCGGCAUCCAGGAAAAGCCUCCAGUCAAAGAAUACAGCAGCAGCUUCCUGCCUCAUUAUUUGGGUCUAUCUCUCAGAUUCAGAGAGGAGCCCAGGGUGGGGAUUCCAUGAUGGACAGUCCAGAGAUGAUUGCCAUGCAGCAGUUGUCCUCCCGGGUAUGCCCACCCGGCGUGCCUUAUCACCCACAUCAGCCUCCUCCCUCACAAUUAUCUGGACCAUUCCCACAAUUAACUCAUGCAGCAACUGCUAAUAUUCAGCUUCUAAAACCAGUAUUAAGGAAUGGGAAUUCUGAAGAUGGCAGCCAGAGAAUUAAUUCAGAGAACAAUCAAGAGCUUCCAGCAGAAGUGAAUCCGAAAACUGAGGGUCUUCCAGAAGAGACAUACCCCAAACUGCUACCUCAUUCUAAAGUCCCAUUGCAAAUGGACUGUUCCCGGCAGAAUUUAACACAGGAAGGGGAGGGAAAUAAUUCUGACACUAAGAACAGCUCAAAAGCAACACAAAACAAAAGUACAUGGCCAGCAGAGAAUAGCUAUACAAGUUCUGUAUCUCAGAGUUGUCUAGGUGAUAUUGUAGUAGCUAUGGAGAGAGGACCAAUGUCUGAAAAUGAUGCUAUAGGUGAAGGGUCAUCUGGUGGUAAUGAAGGGAAAGGUGCACCUGCUAAUAUUACAGAAAAACCUGAUUGCACUGGAGGUGGAAAUCCGCUAGAAGCAACUGUGCUUUGCAUGGGACAGAGCACAAGUACUCCUGCUACUGUGGAUGGAAAUCCAAUAGGGGGCACCUCCAGCCAAUUUGCCCCUCUUUAUAUGCCCAACAUGGAAUAUCCAAAUUCAGCCACACAAUACCACAUCACUUCAGGAUUUCAAGGUUUUAGUGCUAUAAUGGGAGCAAAACCCCUUUCAAUAUCUCACUCACGUUUUUCUGCUCGAGGCUUUCAUGCUAGCAACAGUUCCCAUGGCACUUACCCUCGCUAUCGUUCUCAUCAGGGAGUGCCAUACCCUUAUCAUCCUCAGCCGCCUCCUUAUCAUCACUACCAGCAGCCUCCUUACUAUACUUGUCCACAAGGUUAUUCAGACUGGCAGAAGCCUUUCCCUCACCCAUCAAGCCCCUCUGGGCAUUCACCUACCCAGUCCUCUAUGGCCAGACCCCCUUUCUCAGACAGAGGGACAGUGGGCAGUGGCAUGCAGAACUGUGAAGUGCUUAACGCCACUUUGGCUUCCCCAAAUCAAACAGAUAUAGCAGGCACCAAAGAGGAUUCAGCCAACGGACAAGAACUGUCCCUUGAAUCUGAGAAAGCAGAGGAGCCCCAAGAAAGGCCUGAGAGUCCCAAAGAAUUCCUUGAUCUGGACAACCAUAAUGCCACAACCAAGAGGCAAAGAUCAGUUGUGGUAGGAGAGUAUUUGUACGGCACUUCCUUGCCGUCGGUGAGUUCUUCUGCAUUUGGAUUUGGCCCUUUCCCACCCCAUGGCAUCAUGCUGCAGACGACGUCACCAUAUGCAUCACGACAUCCAGCCGCCCACUUCCAGGCCAGAGGUUAUGGGGCAACAGUGAAUGCUCACUUGUCACAUCAUCAAGCUACCAAUCAAUCCAAUGGUCUUGCUCAUGAAGGACCUCUGUACCGUUGCCAAGAUGAGAAUGUGGGACACUUUCAGGCCUUAAUGAUGGAACAAGCAGGACGUGAAACUAACCUGGGAGGGCAACGUACAGAUGUGUACAGAACACCAGGGAUACAAAUGCACAUACAGCCACAAACUCCAUUCCCAAAGGUGCCUACAUCAACUUCAACUCUGGAAGAGCUGCAACCACGAAAACCACCAGCAUUGCCUCUAGAUCAAAGCUAAUCUAAGGAAGGAAGAAUACACAGAAGAUGGAGCCACACAUGAGUACAUAUGGACAAAGGGAACAUCCUUUCUAUUCUUGCCUUCUUUCCUAGCAUCAUCUGGCUUCCAUGGUCCUGUGCAACACAGUGCCCAAUUGACAGUGGAAUUAUCCCGAGUCUGAGCCAGCAGUAUGCCUGUCACAAACAACCCCACAGUGAAUCAAGAGAGAGGGUCUCAUAUUAGGGCUUUGUUUCUGAUCAGAGAGUUUAUUUCAUUCAGGG